UAUAUGCAGGGCGAGAGAGAUGCGGAUCUGGUGUUCUUUAGUGCAGGUGAAGAGGAGGAGACCGGAGGAGGGGAAGAGGGGGAGGAGGAUGGGAUCUGGGAUUGGAGCCGUGCUGGUGCUUGUUGCAGCAUGGCUAACAUUUGCGCCGCCUGGUGCUCUGGCUUCUUCGCGCAGGUUUGAUCUGAGUAUUGCACAAGAAAAGUUAGUGAACUCCACAGGUGGUUCAACUGCUUCAAGCUCACACCUUGUUUUUGAUCCUUCAAAAUCAAAGAGACUCUCAUGGCAUCCAAGGAUCUUCUUGUAUGAAGGUUUUCUUUCUGACAUGGAGUGUGACCAUUUAGUAUCUAUGGGACGUGGUAAUAUGGAGUCAUCUUUAGCAUUUACUGAUGGUGAUAGAAAUAGUUCGUAUAACAACAUUGAGGUAGGCCUCAAAGUGUACCUAGCUAAUAGCGAAGAUAUAGUUGUUUCCAAGAUUGAGGACAGGAUAUCGCUAUGGAGCUUUCUUCCAAAAGAAAAUGGAGAGAGCAUUCAGGUCUUGAAGUAUGGAGUGAACAGAAGUGGCAGUAUCAAGGAGGAACCUAAAUCAAGCAGUGGUGCCCAUAGGCUUGCGACCAUUUUGAUGUAUCUUUCUGAUGUCAAGCAAGGUGGUGAAACUGUUUUCCCCAGAUCUGAGAUGAAGGAUGCUCAAGCUAAGGAGGGGGCACCAUCUCAAUGUUCUGGUUAUGCAGUGCGACCAGCCAAGGGCAAUGCAAUACUGCUGUUCAAUUUAAGGCCUGAUGGAGAAACAGAUAAGGAUAGCCAAUAUGAAGAAUGUCCUGUCCUCGAAGGAGAGAAAUGGCUAGCCAUAAAACAUAUAAAUUUGAGAAAAUUUGAUUAUCCAAAAUCAUCACUUGCAUCCGAGGAUGAGUGCACAGAUGAAGAUGAUAGGUGUGUGAGUUGGGCUGCUAGUGGUGAGUGUGACAGGAAUCCGGUGUUUAUGAUAGGAAGCUCAGACUACUAUGGCUCUUGCCGAAAGAGCUGUCGAGUGUGCUGAUUAUUUUGCAAUUUUUUGCUAGUAGAAAUAUUGAUGUCAUAGGCAGAGAAUGGUGUAACAAACUGUAUAUGUUGCCCGUUUUUCUUUUAUGAUUUACUUUGCGUUUGUUAGGAAAUUUAAUUUGGAGUUAAUGGAUUGACCACUGUUCCCAAAUUAUGGAAAAUAAUUUUGUUCCAUCAGAUGAUAAUGAUAUAUGCACAUCAUAAUUAAUCAUGA